AGCAUCCCGGUGUGUGUAUGUGUAGGAGGGGGGAGGGGCGAGAGACCAUCAACCGCUUGCUUCUCUUGCAGUAGCAGUCAUUUCCACGGAGGCUUCCUGUAGGUGUGGCAGACGAAGACCUCACGCGAUGGGCUCCACAGCGAGAGAACCCGAGCCCCGCGGAGAGCGGCGCUUCCACCAGCUGUCGUCGCUGCAGCUGGAGUCCGUGCGGCGCCGCACCUUCGCCAGCUGGCCGUCGGCGUCCGUGGACCCGGACGCCCUGGCCCGAGACGGCUUCUUCUACAUGGGGGAGAAGGACCACGUGCGGUGCGUGUUCUGCGGCUGCCACAUCGGAGCCUGGACGCCGAACGACCACGUGCGGACAGACCACGCCAGGUACUCCCCUGAGUGCAGCUUCGUGGCCGGAAGCCUUACCGGCAACAUCCCCAGGACGCCGCGGACCCACGACGACGACGCCGGACGACUUUACGCUUUCCUCGACGACUACCACGACUCCAGACUCGCCCACGGCCGCCCGCGCACGAGGGGGAGAUAUCAGUCCGACGCCGUGCCCCUCCCGAGCGCCGAGCAGCCAGCGCUCUCCGAGUUCGCGCGGAAGGACACUCGCCGCCGCACGUUCAGCGGCUGGCCCAAGGGCGCGGGGGCCGGCGCCGACCCGCUGGCAGAGGCGGGCUUCAUCUACACAGGCGUUGGGGACUGGGUGCAGUGCUUCCAGUGCAGCGGAGGAAUCCACACCUGGCGCCAUGGGGAUGACCCCUGGGCAGACCACGCCCACUUUUACCCGUAUUGCCCCUUCGUCAGAGAGCACCUGGAGCAGAGAGGCGGGGAGAGCGGGGUGGGGGAGGAUCUUGCCCCUUCGCCCCCACCCGCCUCCUCAGUUCCCUCUCGACCGGAGGAACUCAGUCCGGAGGAAACUGAGCUGCUCCUGCAUCAUCCUAUUGCCCAGCGGCUGUUAAGCAAAGGCUUCGACCAUAGGCUCGUGAAAGAAGCCCUGAAGCAGAAAGUGGAAACAUCAGGCUUAAUGUGCAGCAGUCUGAAUGAAGCUCUCGAAAUCAUAUUUGACUACGAGGACUCCAUUAAUGAAUCGUUAUCCGAGAAGUCAACAUAGUGAUUCUGGAAAAAGACUGGAGGGAUUAGGAGAUAAUAAUGUAGUUCUUUAUUAUUCAGAUAUGGGUACUGCAAUUCGCCGUUACGAGUAUUAGAGAGAAUUUCUAUAUAAAAACAACAACUGGGGUAGUCGGAAGGCGAGAGUAGGCGGUCAUCUUUACGGGCUAGAAAAAGGAGGGUUUGUGACGAAGUUUUGUCUUUUGUACUUAUGAAUAAAGCUCUGAAAGUUCGUUUGUAAGUGAAGACGUCAUUGACUAUUGCAAUUAGAUCAUGCAGAGGAAGGGCCUGGAGCCAUGAGCAGCCCCUGGGCCUAGGUUCGCUCCCAGCCGCCCUGCUUAAAAGAACCUUAUAUAUGUGAAAUCAGUAAUUUUCAGUGUGAAAUAUUUUUUUUUUUCUUUUUUUGUAGUCAGUAUCUUAUAUGAACUGAUAUAUUUUUUCGCAUAUGAUUCGGGUUUGUAGUUGACUCAUCUGAUAGAACACGAUAAGAAUGUAUAGUGAUAUGCGCUUCUGUCCAAGAUAACGAAAAUAUGAGUGUGCUUCUUUGCCUGAAUGUGUGUGCAUGCAAUAAGGUGUGGUUGGGUGGUUGUGUGUGAGAGAGAGAGAAAGAGAGAAAGAGAGAGAGAAUCCGUGUGCGUUUGUGUGUGUGUGAAUAAGACAAAAUAAAAAAAAAAAAAUAAAAAAGCACAACGAGAAAACACCCAAAGUUUUCCCUGUACUGCAAUACACCGAAAAAGGAUUCGAGAUGUUUGUCUGUUUUCUUGUUCUUUUCAUCGUUGUUGCCAAUUUGCUCAACGUAAACCCUACAGGUGUGUGUAUGUAUAUAAACACAUAUCCACAAUCAUAUGAGUUUCUGUGACACGUGUGGCUGUUGUCUUCAAGAUGGAUAUUCUUAAUCAUUCUACUACAUGCCUUUUGUAACAUGGGUUUAUACUACGUCCCUUUUAUGGUUCCUGUUUGUUCCUUUAAAUCGUGUCAAAUAAAAGGAUUUUGAGAAA